UUUGUUAUGAUUGAAUUUGUUGCAACUCAUAAUGUAUCAUCACAUCGCUUUCAGUUUUCUGUCUCUCUCCGCAGAUGAUGACAACAGCUUCCAGUAAAACAGUGUGUUUAGCAAAGAUAAUAGCUCUUGGGCUUAUCUGUUCUGUUCUUGCAUACUUUCUCUAUUUCGAGCCUCCAUCUCUUGUUUGCCAAUUUAUAUCUAUGUUGGAUGAUGAGGAAGCUUUUAAAGGCAUGGAUCCAAAUGAAAAACCCAUAGUACUGCUGUGGUUCUGGCCUCUCGGCGUGAAGUUUGAUUUCAAAGCCUGCUCUACCUUCUUCAACAUCGACCGCUGCGUCCUGACAGAUGACAGAUCCCUGUAUGACAAAGCGCAGGGAGUCAUUAUCUUCCAUAGAGAUAUAGACUUGCAUUUGCAAAACAUGCCGCAGGGCCCACGUCCUGCUUUUCAGAAGUGGAUCUGGUUUAAUGUGGAAUCUCCAACAAACACGGCAAAGAAACCAGGUCUGGAUAACCUUUUCAACUUAACACUGAGCUACAGAAGAGAUGCUGAUAUCACGGUGAGGAAUGAGCUGAUAAUCAGGAAAACAGAGAUGAAAGAUGACUUUGUCUUGCCCAAGAAAGACAAACUGGUGUGUUGGAUUGUCAGUAACAAAGAUCCAUCUACUGGAACAGCUGUGAGAGAGAGAUAUUACCAUGAACUGGCCAAGCAUAUCAAGAUACAUGUAUUUGGCAAAGCUUUUGCAGGGCACAGGCUGAGAUAUGAAGACUAUUACUCAACUAUUGCUAGCUGUAAGUUUUACCUCUCAUUUGAGAACUCCAUCCACAGAGACUAUAUCACAGAGAAGGUGAACGGACCCCUCUUGGCGGGGACAGUCCCUGUAGUUCUGGGUCCACCAAGAGAAAACUAUGAACAGUUCCUUCCCUCUGAUGCCUUCAUUCACAUAAAUGAUUUCCCUGAUGCAAAGUCACUGGCAGAAUUUCUGCUCCACUUGGACGUGAAGGACAAGGCGUACAUGCGUUACUUUGAGUGGAGGAAGUACUUCACAGCCACUCCUCAUCUCCUGUCAAUCAACAAUGAAUUCAUUCAGCCCAUCUGCCUCGCCUGCAACCACAUGUCAAGAGACAAGACUUUCCAUGUGGUUCAUGACCUUUAUAAGUGGUACUCUUCAUGAAAACCACAAUGAGAAUAUUAUUUGUGGUUCAGAAAUGCACAAUAAUAGCUUGAACCUGGCUAAGCUGCUA